AUGAAUGCGAUCAUUCAAAAAUACAACAUAAUUCAGAUCGAUACCUUGGGUGCACAUUGGGCUGGUUUAUACAGAGGGGACCAAUUAAUUGAGGAAACAAAGCGCCAAAAGCAAAUUGACGGAACUCCGGUUCAAAUCUGCAGAAAUGUCAAUGAAAAUGUUACUGAAACUGGUCUUUAUUCUAGCUUGCAGUAUAAAUGGAGUGCUCAAGAAGGCGACAUUUUGGUUGUUGUCUCGGAUGAAGUGCGCAAUUUAUUGACUCCAAUCCAGAUCGAAAACUCGUUUUCUUCGAAGAAUAAUAUACAUCCCUACACAGAUCUGCUUGAUGUUGCGGCGAUAAGAAUUAUUCUUGAAGCAAAACGAGUCGCUAAUGAAAAUCCCCUGAAAGAUUUGGUCGCUAUGGUGAUGGGUAUCGAGAAUACUUAG